AUGGCGGCAUUCAUGAAUUGCGCGCAUGUGUGUCUGUAGGCGAUCGUGUUUGUUGCCUUCGUAUUCCCCAUGCGCUGGCUUACCGCCGACGAACUUUCGAAACGGAACGGAAGAAAGAACAGAACUUGCGUUAAGUUGCAAACUAAAUUUACUCAUAGCUGAUAAUAGCAACUGAGCUUUCGUGACAAUGUCUGAUAUACUCAUAAGUGAAGCAGAAAAAAUCUACAUUGUCCAUGGGAUACAAGAAAACUUGCGUUGCGAUGGUCGCAGUUGUCUGGAGUACCGAUUCCUGGAACUAGAAACUGGCCUAGUAUCCAACUGCAGUGGAUCUUCACACGUCAGGCUGGCAAACACUGACAUCUUAGUUGGAAUCAAAGCAGAACUUGAUGCACCUGAUCCCUCUGCUCCACAUCUAGGCCGCAUCGAGUUUUUUGUGGAUUGCACUGCCAAUGCUGACCCUGUGUUUGAAGGAAGAGGCGGAGAAGAGAUUGCUACUGAAAUCAGAUCAGCCUUGGCUCGUACUUACAGCUCUCCAAAAUGCCUUGAUCUGAAAUCUUUGGCAGUUGUUCCUGGUCAACAGGCAUGGGUCCUCUAUGUGGAUGUUUUGAUCUUGGAAUGUGGUGGAAGCCUGAUUGAUGCUGUUUCUGUUGCAGUCAAGGCAGCAUUGUAUGACCUCAAAAUUCCAAAGGUUUCAGUGACCGUAGAUGAAAAUGGAGAGCCAGAAAUUGAGGUUUCUGAUGACCCGUAUGAUGUCAACAAAAUGAGCACUGCAAACGUGCCUUGCUUUAUUACACUUUCAAAGGUUGGUCAACAGUUUGUGUUAGAUGCAACACAAGAGGAACAAGCCUGCGCAGUGGGCUCUUUAGCAAUGGCUGUCACAGCAACUGGGAAAAUUGCGAGUCUCUUCAAAGGUGGUGCUGGGAGCCUUCAUCCUGAAAACAUUAUGGACAUCAUUGAGGUUGGAAGAGAUGUUGGAAUAGCUCUCAACACUGCAGUGACUCAACAGCUGAAGCUUGAAAGCAGUUCUAAAAGGGAAAAAAAGGGAUUUCUUUUAUAGCACACUGCUGCUGUAUGUCAAA